UCCGACCAGGCGGGCGGGCGCGCGCCAGCGCGAGCGCACGCGCGCUCCCGCCACCCUCUCCGGUGACGUGCCUGGCCGAGGCCGCGCUAGGGCGCUGGAGCUGCCACUGAGCGGCUGUCAUGGCGUCGGAGGCGCUGGCUGAGGAGAGCCGGCCGCGGUGUCUAUAGGACCAGGGGCGGGCGGCCGGGGAUGGAGAGCGGCCCUGACAACCCGCAGCCUCUGGAACUCGGGGUGGCGGCGGGCCGGGAGUCGCCGCCGGAAGGGCGAGGGCACGGCGGGCGCGAGGCUGAGGAUGGUCUCGCAGGACGCGCGGAGGAGAGCGGCGGGCAGGGGGCGGCGGCCGCGCGGAGCAGCCCCGGGGACCCGACGUCCCCCUCCCAGCUCGGCUGCGGCGCGGGCUCCGGCUUGAAGGACAGCGCGUCGCCGAGCCCCGCCGCCUCGGAGGCGCCCCCGAGAGGGCAGCACAAGGUGACCGCCUCCCCGGAGCUGGCCGAGGCCGCGGCUGGCCGAGGGUCGGGGCCGGUGGCGGACGCGGGCACCUGCAGGGUGGAGCAGGCGGCCGAGGAGCCCGGCAGCGCCGGCGCCCUGAGCAGCAGCUGCAGCGAGCCGAGCCCCCCUGGGGACUCGCCCAGCCUGGACUCCCUGGAGUCUUUCUCCAACCUGCAUUCUUUCCCCAGUAGCUCUGAGUUCAACAGUGAGGAGGGAGCGGAGACCAGGGUCCCCGAAGACGUGGAGGAGGGCGCGGCGGGGCCGCCCAGGGCUGCACCUCUGUGCAAAGAGGAGGAGGAGGAGGACCCGGCUCAGGUGCUAGCGGCCUCCAAAGAACGCUUUCCCGGACAGUCGGUGUAUCACAUCAAAUGGAUCCAGUGGAAAGAGGAGAACACGCCCAUCAUCACGCAGAAUGAGAAUGGACCCUGCCCUUUGCUGGCCAUCCUCAAUGUUUUGCUUCUGGCCUGGAAGGUGAAACUUCCACCAAUGAUGGAAAUCAUAACUGCGGAGCAGCUGAUGGAAUAUUUAGGGGAUUACAUGCUUGAGGCAAAGCCAAAAGAAAUUUCAGAAAUUCAACGUGUAAAUUAUGAACAGAAUAUGAGUGAUGCUAUGGCGAUCUUGCACAAACUACAGACAGGCCUGGAUGUGAAUGUCAGGUUCACUGGGGUGCGAGUGUUCGAGUACACACCAGAGUGCAUAGUCUUCGAUCUUCUAGAUAUUCCUUUGUAUCAUGGGUGGUUAGUGGACCCUCAGAUUGAUGACAUUGUAAAAGCUGUUGGCAACUGCAGCUACAACCAACUGGUGGAGAAGAUCAUCUCCUGUAAGCAGUCCGACAACAGCCAGUUGGUUAGUGAAGGCUUUGUAGCUGAGCAGUUUCUAAACAAUACAGCCACUCAACUGACGUACCAUGGAUUAUGUGAACUGACUUCAACGGUUCAGGAAGGAGAACUCUGUGUGUUCUUUCGGAAUAAUCAUUUUAGCACCAUGACAAAACACAAGGGUCAACUGUAUUUGUUGGUAACAGACCAGGGAUUUCUUACCGAAGAAAAAGUUGUCUGGGAAAGCCUACACAAUGUAGAUGGUGAUGGAAAUUUCUGUGACUCAGAAUUCCAUCUGCGACCUCCUUCAGAUCCUGAGACUGUGUACAAAGGUCAACAAGACCAAAUAGAUCAGGACUACCUUAUGGCACUGUCACUGCAACAAGAACAGCAGAGCCAAGAUAUCAACUGGGAGCAAAUUCCAGAAGGAAUCAGUGACCUGGAGUUGGCGAAGAAACUCCAGGAGGAGGAGGACAGACGGGCCUCUCAGUACUACCAGGAGCAGGAGCAGGCACAGGUGGCCGUGGCUGCUGCCACCACCUCCACACAGGUCCAGCAGGGCCAGCCAGCACAAGCCUCUCCAUCAAGUGUAAAACAGCCUGGAAAUAGUGAACGGAAACGCAAGGAACCCCGGGAAAAAGACAAAGAGAAAGAAAAGGAAAAAAACAGCUGUGUGAUUUUGUAGGAAGUGUUGGCAUCUGGAAACCACCUAUGCAGAUGACGGAAAGGAAGACCCAGUACCUACCGUCUGUGCCUGAUCUCCCAAGGGAUUUUGCUCUUGUUUUCCAGGGGAAGGUUGUUACUUUGUUACAAUCAACUUUUUAAGUUACACAAUACACUCUUUAUGAGCUGGAGUUUUAUGUUACAAGUUGGAACUGUUGUGUGUUGUCACUUGUAGCCAAAUAAGUAUAUCACUCCUACUUUGUUUUUAGUGACAUGGAAACUCUAAUCAGUUAGUAAGCUACUGUGUUCUGUCUGACAAUGGAUGGAGGUCACCUGAGUGAGUCCAAUCCUUCUAAAGAUGUAAUUAUUAGCACAACUAUUUCUGAAACAUUUGUUAAAUUAUGUUCUAAUCCAUAAAAAAUGAGGAGUUUAAUAUAGGGAGAGAAAAAAAGCAGGAAUAAAUGACCCUUCAUUGUACAUUGAACUGGUUCAGCCCUUGAACAGCUUUACCUUUCUUUAGUAAUGUACAUUUUAGCUAUUAUCUUGAGAACUGAUAAUGGAGCUUGGAUCCAAUUUAGAUAGAAAAAAUAUUUUUUAUUUUCCAAUAGCAAAAAAAAAUUACAUGACACUAAUAUGUAUAACCUAUCCAAAUCAGAUACUGACUUUGUAGUGUUGUGAGAUUCUGAGGAAUUUUAACACCUUUAGGUAACCUGAAUGGUGGGUUUUUUUUGUUUGUUUGUUAAGGAUGUAGUUAGCGAGUGAGGAGGAGACCACACUCAUGUUCAGCCUUGUAAAUAUGAUGGCAGAGAAGAGCAGAGUUCACUGUCUACCUUUUUCUAGAAUUACCUUGAACCUUAAAUUUUAAAUCAUGUUUAUUGCUAGAAAAUUAAGCAUAGUUAUUUAAACCAAUAAAAAGCACAUUUCUGAAGGAGAGUUAAUCUCUUGACUCUAGUGAAAAGAUAUUAAUAAAAUUCUGAACAUAGCAGGAAUCUGAAGGAAUUUAUGUAAAAGCAAUCAGAUUUUUUAACUUAAUGAGAACCAAAUAAACCUAAGACAUCUUAUAUCAUUUAUAGGAUUCUGGAAGAAUAUUUACUCAGCUUUGUGAUGAGGCAGCACAUAUUGUAUUUCUAGAUCCAGUUUGGAAAACUAUCCUUAACAGUCCUUUUUCUAUACUUUGUAUUUGAAGUUUGUUUCAGUCAUUUUUAAAGAUUUUUGCUGGUGCAGAUAGCUGUGUGAUUUGCCCUAAGCCUCAGUAAACUUGUUUAUUCAGGAGCAUCACAAAUUGAACGUCCAGUUAGAGACUAUUUCUUGUGAUCUGGAGGCAACGAAAGACUACCCAAAAAAAGUAGUCUAGAGUUUCUUAAGACUAUUGUCAUUAACAUUCUCCAUGAUCCCAAACCAGCUGUAGGAUGAAUCUGUAUGUAAAAAGUAGAGUUUUAUUUAUGAAAAGUAUUAUUCUAAGGGGAAAAAAUUCAGGGCCAUGCUGUAUCCUUUAUAUUCUUCUCUAUUACAUGUCUAUUUAUGUUCUUUGUUAUUUCUUCAGAUUUCCUAUGCUAGCAUGGGAACUAAUCAGAGAAUAUGCCGGGGUAUAGAAUCUGUGUAUAAAAUACUUGGUCAGUCUCUUGGUUCCAGCCUAGGGUGAGUACGAAUUGACAGCGGUCAGACCCCUUCGGGUGGCCUGACCUCAGCACAGACACCCAUGACAGACAGCACUCUGAUGAUUAAAGGAGAAAGCUCAAACCUCAGGGUUUGCUUUUCCCAGAACAGUCUAUUAUUUUAAUUUAAAAAACGAUAAACCUUGAGUGAUUUUAAAAAAUAUACUUGAGGCAUAUUUUUCCAUAAUUAUAUACAAUAUCUAUUUAUUGCCCUUGAAGAAUCUAUAUAUAGAAAUUAUUGUUAUUUUUACUAUCUUAAUUUGUUCCAAAGAUAAUACUGCCAUACUGCAUUCCCUCUAGAAGAAAAAAAGAAAACACAACUCACUCAAAACCAGCAUCUCUGCUAUCAGAUAAGUAGACGUCAACGUGCACUUAUGACAAGCAAUGCAUUGUUUGCUAAUUCAGUCUUUCCUAAUGUCAGAUUUCCAAGUCGGUCUUGGCUACAUUCCUGGAAUGGUUUGAUAUGACAAGAGUCAUAAUAAGAUAUUUGUUUUGAUUACUGGGGGGGAAAUUAAAUGUUUGACUCUAUUAAAACAAAUUUCUGAGCUGCUUUUCUGUCCUCAAAGGUUGUCAAGGAUCUAAACUGCUGUGUGCUUAUUUCCUAUGUUCUGCUCAAGGUAGCAAGUGAUAUUCAGGCAUAUUGUUCCUUAUUUGGGUACAUAGGACAUUGAAAUGGUAUUUUGAGGGAUUUUUCCCCUCAUAAUACUUUGUAAUACUUGAAAUUGUUAUACAUAUCUUGCUAACGGAUGUUAAAAUUUAAACAUUUUGGAGCUUAGUGUUUCUAGGCUCAAUUUCAGGCACAUUUGACUCAUGUGCCCCCUCAGCAUGAGAGCUGCAGAAGCAGGUGGAGGAGCAGAUAUGGUCCCUGGCUUUUCUCUUGCUUUCAAAGCACAGUCUCAAGGUUAUUGGCCAGUCUUUAUUAAGGUGGAUUUCUCAUGAGUAACCCCAUUGUAUUAACAGUGCUAUGACUUGUGCUAGUUUAUCAAUACCUAGAAGCGUGUGUGUGUGUUUCUGAAGCAGGUUUCCAUGACUUCUGUUUGAGUCUCAAAGCAAAACUUCCUAUCAAAUUUAAAAGUUGUCAUUUUAAAAAUAUGCACUCAGUAGGAGCUUACACACACACACACACACACACACCAGGUCUAGGAGUGUCACCCAGUGGUAGAGCAUUUGCCUGGAAUGCUCAAGGCCCUGGGUUCAAUCCCUAGAGCAUGUAUAUGCGUAUACACACUGAGUAUGGUGUAAAGCAGUUAAUCAUGGCAUCGGCUUUAUGCCCAGCCAGUAUUCAUGGGUAGAAUAACUUCUUCCAUGUUUUAAGGUCAGGAUAGGAUUUGAGCAAGACAGAGGCUUAAGUUUGGGAUUAGGUUUAUAUCUAUCUUGUUUUUAUUGCCUCACUUUUUUUCAGUUGGACAAUUCAUCCCCUAUUAUGUUUUGAAUUCGUCCUCAUGUUCCUAGAUCUUGGCUUACCUAAGCAAGUUAAUAUCAGAUAUAAGUUGACUAAACUCAUGUUAGCCAUUCUGUACUCACACGAUACCUUCAUAGCAUCUUGUUUUCUGUGAAUCAUAAACUCAAUGCAGAGCCUGAGGACCAGAAGGCAUGGGAGGGAAAGGUAUGCCUUGUGAUCACUAUGUUAGCAUGUGGACAGACCUCCUCUGUAAAAUCCUAGCAAAUCAGGGCAGAAUUUCUAGAACUGCCUCAGUCUUGCUUAAACUUUUAGACAUGGUCUUGCUGUGUAGCCUGCUGACCUGGAAUCAACUGUUGUAGCCCUGGCAACCUUCAAACCCAGAAUCGUCCUGCCUCAGCUUUUCACUGCCAUGAUUAUAGGUAUAUGUCACCAUACCCAGCUCAUUUAAACUUUCUUUUGAAAAGCAAACAGCAAACAUUGCAUUUUACUUAGUUUUCUUAUUCAUUGUACCGGUUUUUUUUUUAAUGAUAGAAAUGAUUACAGGUUUACACCUAUCACUGUCUUAGGCAUAUAAUUUAAAUUGAAAAAUUAAUGUUUGACAAAAUAAGGCAAAGACAUUAAAGACAGUCAUUCAUAUUUUAUGGAAUUAGACAUGUGAAAUUCUGGAUCAUUCGAUGUUUGAAAACUUUGUCUGGGCAUAGUAAUACACACCUGUCACCCACCUUUGGGGAGGCUGAAGCAGGAGGAUCCUGAGUUCAAGGCCAACCUGGACAAGUAGUAAGACCCUGUCUCCAAAAACAAACCUGCCUUUGUCUUGUUUGGCAAUCACUGUGCGCCUCAGUUUACUCUGUGUGUGGGGUGCUCCUCUUCCACCGCUCCCCAGUGCUCACUUCUCCCAAGCACAUGCCAUGCUCUGAGAACCGAGAAUUACUGAGAUCAUCACAGACACUGCACAUCCUCCGUUCUUGAAUGUGCAGACUUUUAUAAUGACUUAAAUCAGUUUUUUUAGUGCUGUUAGAAUUUGUAGAAUUAUUUCAAAUAUGGCAUCAUGGCUUUCAAAAAUAUAUUUUGCAGUUGCUUUUGUAUUCGGAAGGCUAGUCUGAAGACCAGGAGGGUUUGGUGUAGAAAAUGCACUCUACUAAAAGACCUGUUCUCCCAGUAUCUUUUACAGAUCUAAGUGUUUCGAGCCCCUUGGUGUUCCCCUCCAGAGUAAAGCAGCGUCAGGAACUGACUGCUCUCUCCCCUGUAGACUCCUUACUUGUGGUUUAGUGUGAAAAUGAACUCUGAUGGUGUGCAAGGCAGCUGCUUUAGACAGUGAGUGAGAAAUGGUAAAAGAAUGUUUGAAACUUCGAGUCCUUGGUUCUCUGAUAAUUUAGCAACUUUUGUUACUGAUGCCCAACAUUUUUUAAACUGUUAAGAGGAAAAAUUAUGAAGAAUUGAGUUUACUUUUCUCAGCAACAGUUGAAAAUAACUUUUAUAAUUAAAAGCUCCCUGAAGGGAAUACAUUACAGAGAAGAUAAAACAGGAGGAUACCUUGCAGAAUGCUGGAAAGCUUACUUUGAAAAUUUAUCUAAAAUUUAAUUCAUGCAUGUCUUUACUUAAUCCUGGUAUUUCUGCUAUUAGGAAAUAGAGCUUAACAAAUUGAUAUAUGCAUAUAUUUUUUUACAUGUAGGAUUCUAGUUUCUAUCUUCUGAACUCAAGAAAACUAAACACAAAAAACAGGGUAUAAAUCUUCAACUCUUGCCUCAAACUCAAUGUUCCUUUGUCCUGACAAAGGUUAGACUUGUCUAAUAAUCUGGUAUCUUUUAGGGCAUGAUACACUCCCAUUAACUAGUUGAAAUACCAUGGCAGAGAUAGGAAACCCAAGCUUUGCCCCAGGGUAAAGUUAAAGAACAAAAGCCCCCUCAUCUCAGAAAGUGCCCACUUUAUCUAGCAUGAAUUGUAAAGACUUACUCAGCUCACAUAGGAAUUUGUCACUGGUCACCUUUUAAAUGGUCAGUCCUGCACUGUCACAUCUGCAGAGGCCAGGCGGCCCUGUAAUCAGAUAGAUGCACAGUGCAGAGUCCUUCGGUAGGCAGUCCUAGCUCCUGUGGCUCCAGCAGUCACUUUACAGCUUUAUGUGGAAAGUCAGGGAGCCGAAAUGCCCAUUACAUCACAGACCACCGGCGACAUCUGGACAGACAUGCCCUAUGAAGCAGCUCUAACCCACAAAAUGAGUUUUAAGAUAGAGACUGGUGUUUCAUCUUUGAAAAUGCUGUCUGGUUUGUGGGAAUGUUUGUUGCUGUUCUUUCCCACCCAUUAUUUGUAUGACAUAACCACUGUGAAAGGAUGUAGCGUCUCUUCACUUCCCAGUUUUGUUUUUAGGGAAGCUUUGCUCUAGUUAAGCUUUUGUUAAGACUUAUUUUCCUCAAUAAAAUGACGACUACUAUCACAGAUCACAUAGGACCAGAUAAUAGAAGCGUGAUGUGUGACUGCUAAAUGACAGAGGGCAUAAUUUCCCAGGAAAGUCAUUUCCUAAUGCCUGCACGUGACUCUUCCCUUGAUAUGGGCUGCAGAAGUAGGUUGAAACAUGGAGCAACAAUUCAAUGGAAUGCUGACUGAAACUGUCAUUUUGAACAGUAGUAAGGAAAAGAAAUAGGUUUUGUCCUCCACGUCAGUGAGGCUAAUUUGCUGCUGACACAUGGAGCUGAAACGGGCUAUCAGAGCCGACUGUGAGGACUGGGUACCUCUGCUCACUUUUCCUGUCUGUCCCAGCAUCUUUUCUCCUUCUAACAAGUCAGUCUUCUGCUGUAAAUGCAAGUGCAGAAUAACAACACAGAAGUACUGGGAUAUGUUCUUGAAAAAAGACACCUAAAAUGCACCUACCCAUCACACGGCUGAACUGAUUUCUGUGAAAUAGACUUAUUGUUUUAAAUGCUAAUUAUGUAUGCUAAGAACACCUCUAAAAAUUGUGUCUUAAAUUUCUAGUUUCACUUUUGGAAACUACUCCUGAAAAGACAUUGAAUACAGGUGGGAAAUAUAAAAUGUUCUGACACAAUGAUUCAGUAUUAUUCAGUGUUUAAUAUGAAAUUCAUUGUUGUAUCACAAGUGUAGUGUCAUUGGAUUAAAAUGUUGGAUGUUUUUGUUAAUAUACUUAAAACUGUAACCAGUGAAUAACAUCGUAGUAUUUUUUAUUAUAGAUUAUAUUUUAUUUCAAUAAACUUUGAUAUUUAGACCGAA